AUGACUCACGCGCAAACUCUCGAAAUCAAAGAGCUGCGAGCCUCAAUGGCUCGGACAGUACCUGAAAUACGCGCCAUGAAGUCUCAAGUGCACAAUGCGACGAGCGCUGCGCCCGAGAUCGAUCGGAUGCUUGAAGAAACCCAGAGAACACCAUUCACGGCAAGAAUCACGGAGGCCAGGAUUCCCAAGCCCGGGAAGGUGAGAAUCCUGUUCUACGAAGGAACAACCGAUCCGAAAGCACACAUCACAGCGUUUCGGAUAGCAAUGGGACGAGCCUUCACCAAGAAUGCUGCCAAACUGACCGAGCGGGAAGUAGAUGCCGGAUACUGCCUGCUCUUUGUGGAGCAUCUUAAGGGAGCCGCGCUCGAGUGGUUUUCGAGGCAGGAUCGCAACUCAAUCGGUAGUUUUCAAAAGCUCUCCGCCCUGUUCCUUAAACAAUACUCGAUGUUUAUGGAUAGAGGAACUUCUGAUGCCGACCUGUGGACGCUAUCCCAAGGACCGAACGAACCACUUCGAGAUUACAUGGCAAGAUUCAAGGCAGUCGUAUCCAAAAUAGAAGGGAUAAGCGACAAGGCUGCGCUCGAAUCUCUGAAACGAUCUUUGUGGUACAAAUCCGAGUUCCGACGGGAGAUGGCACUCAACACGCCACAGACGAUUCAAGAUGUUUUGCGCCGGUCAUCAGACUUCGUCGUAAACGAGGAGGAGAUGAAGAAUUUGGACGAGCAGUACGAAGCAACGAAAGCAGCAAUCCGAAGCUCAAUUUUGACGCGCCCCUCGAAGAAAGGCAACCCAUCGAACAACACAACAACGCAGAGCUCGGACGAACCUAGAAGCGGAGGUGCCCAUAAUUACCAAGCGGAAGAGGAGAGCCGCACAACAACACUUGGGUAA